GCUAUGCUUGGUACAAGUACAUUCCUAAUAUUAACCUUCAAGCUUCAGCGCGCAUUGUUGGAUGCAUCGGCAUUCUCAACGUUAUAUCUGAUCGCGCUAUUGGUGUGCAAGUUAUAAGACGUCUGAACUACUUCUGGUAUCAACUCAAUCGUUGAGAGUCCCGUUGUAAUCGCACUCGAUCGAUCUUCCCGUCCGUUUCAACCGAUAGCAUGUCUGCGAUAGUCUCUGGUGCCAUUCCAGAGACCUUGUCCCCGCAGGUUCAGACAGUGUUGAACUUUCUGACCCUCUUGGGUGCUGGGGACAUCGACAAACUUUCCAACCUACUCUCAGAUGAUCUCUCAUACUACGUUCAUCCAAAGUCUCUCAAUAUCCCUUGCUUGGCCAAGCAUGAAUGGCUACAACGUGUCAAAAAGGGAUUUGUAGGAAUGAAGUUUUAUAUCUUUGAGAUCGUCUGCGAGAGACCGUCAGUUGCGGUUCAUGCUUCCAGUACCGCAACUUCGCGGACUGGAGGUUCCUAUGCCAAUGAAUAUUCCUUCUGGUUCCACCUUGAACAACAGCCGGAGGGAACGCACAGGAUGAAGACUGUCAAGGAGUUUUUGGACUCGAAGUACAUCAUCGAGUUCAAAACAGAGGAGACCGAGCGUGCAGAGAAAUUAGCGAAGUAAGAUGGACAGAUGUCAUGUUUUUGUCUUUCGUGUGGAUAAUCGUCCACGGCUAGCUAUAACAUGUCCUAGGUCUACAUAAAACUCUGGAAACUAAUGCACUGUACUUC